CUUCAUUUCGUUUUAUUAGCUUGAAGCAGCAGCUGGAGUGUGAGUUUGAGAGUUUUGGGAAGUGAAAGCUCCACCUGAAUCAUGCUGGCUUCAAGUUUCAGGGACUGUAAGGCGUGGAGUGCUGAAGGUCUUCCAUUGUCCACCAGCAGCAAUGAGGCUUGCAAACUAUUUGACGCCAUUCUCUCUCAGUUUGUGAAAUGGCGGAAUGAUGAAACCUUGGGAGGACUGGAAGGAUGCUUUACUGCAAUCAAGGCAGCUGACCCUAACUUUGUUAUGGGCCAUGUGAUCAGUACGGGGCUGGAGCUGGUGUCAACAGCAACCUCCACCCGUCUCAAUGAGCGUCUGGCCAGUGCUGUGAAGCGAACAGUGGAGCUGGCCAACAGCCAGGACAUUUAUCCCAGAGAGAGGCUCCAUGUCAAGGCCAUGGAGCUCUUUUCACAUGGAAAUUUUCUCAAGGCCUGCAACGUAUGGGAAGACAUUCUGGUCGAUCACCCCACUGAUAUGGUGGCUCUCAAGUUUGCUCACGACUCUUACUUCUACUUGGGAGCCCAAGUUCAGAUGAGGGACUCUGUUGCCAGGGUGCUGCCCCACUGGAAACCACAUAUGCCAUUUUACGGCUAUCUAAAGGGACUGUACUCCUUUGGUCUCCUUGAGACUCGUCUCUAUGACCAGGCUGAGAAAGAAGCCAUGGAGGGCCUCGCUCUGACUCCAGACGAUGCUUGGGCUGUCCACUCUGUAGCCCAUGUUUGUGAGAUGAAAGCAGAGGUGGACAAAGGCUUGAAGUUCAUGGAGAGUCGAGAGAAAGACUGGCAGGUAUCUGACGUGCUGGCCAGUCAUAACUAUUGGCACUGGGCUCUAUACUUCAUCGAGAAGGGGCAGUACGAUGCCGCUCUACAAAUAUACGACUCUCAGGUAUUCAGACGGUGUAAAGCCACAGGAUCCAUGUUGGACACUGUUGAUGCCUGUUCAAUGCUCUACAGGCUGGAAAUGGAGGGUGUGUGCGUGAAGGACCGCUGGCGAGAGCUGCUCCAGGUAACGGAGCCUCACACCGAUGAUCACGUGACAUUGUUCAACGACCUCCACUUCCUCAUGGUGUCGCUGGGAGCUAAAGAGAGCAAGACUUCUCAGCGUCUGCUGGAGGGCCUUCAGGAAUUGGCUAAAGAGCCAGGGGACAAUACGCAACAUCAGCUGGCAGAGACUAUAGGUAUACCAAUGUGCCAGGCCAUGAUGGAGUACGACAAAGGCAACUACAACCGAACUGUGGAGCUGCUGCAACCUUUACGCUACAGCAUAGUGGAUAUAGGUGGCAGUGAUGCACAGAGGGAUCUCUUCAGUCAACUGCUCAUUCAUGCAGCCUUGAAAUCAGAGAAUAAGCACCACCAGAAACUGGGAAGAUGUCUUCUGGUGGAGCGUGAUGCCAUGAGGCCAAACUCCCCUCUGACGGAUCGUCUGAUGCAGACAGCGCUGGCUCUUCACACCUAGACGGGUUGCAAGGUGCGCAGAGCAGUUCCCAUGCAAAAAACAUCAAGAGAAGCCAUAAUCUGAUGUGCCGGUGUUUGGCUUGAGGAGAUUCCUUUACCAACCGGCAGGAAACACAGCACUGUUUUCAAGACAUCUGAAACUUUUUGUACAGCUUUCUUUUCAAUGAAGAGCUCCGCCUUUUCUACUGCAGACCUUUUAAGCUUUUAUGUAAACACAUUUGCACAUUUCUCAAGAUUAUGAGCUAAUAGUAAGCACAGGUUGCCAGUUGAUCCUUCCUAAGCCCUGCCCCUUUUCACACUGUGCUCCAAAAAGAGUUGAGCGAGCUUGGAACCAUGCAACUUUCCUCUUUCCUGUUAGACUUCAAUAUGCUACAUGCUAACGUCGUCUAUAUUGAAAAGAAAACAAAUUGUGAAGAUGGUUAAAAGAUGUGACUGGGGGGCUGUCAGAAUUUUCAUGACACACUACAUUAUAUAUAGAGUCACAUUUUAAGUCAAUCAAUAUAUCAUUUAUUCGGCACAUGGAAUUAUACACAGUACAACUCCAGUCAAAUGUGAUCCCAUCAGCUCCUUUAACUUGUGCACUAUAAUUUAAUCCUAUUUUGCGUCGUCUUACAUUGUUGGCUGCUGCUUUAUAAUUGUUUGUGUUUCCGGAUGGUUCUGGUAAUCCAUAGUUUCUGGUUGUGGAUGAAUUAACUGUCCACACAUCCCGACCCCAGUAGCCUUUGAAUGGCGUUAGCUGUAAUCCACAGCAGGAAUGGCAGCACCUCACGUUCCCACCGUCACACUAGUCCUUAUUCACCAUGAAACACAAGUUAGCUAAUGUUAGUAUAACUCUUUAUGUAUACUUUAGCUAGCUAAUAUAGUGUAGAUGACCUGGCAUAAACUCUUAUUGUGUGAAUAUUUGGUGUACGUGACCUGACAUAAACUCAUUAUCCUGACAUGACUGGAGCCAAAGGAUCUGGCAUGAUUCUGGCCUAAUUUGGUUAUGUGAAGAGAAGCAAUUGUUCUCAAAGCUGGUUGUCUGAAUAACAGGAAAACAGUAGCUUAAGUGACAGGAAAUACCUUUUAAUGUGUAUUGGAAAGCAGCAGGUGUGUCAACUGAUGUUGCUUGUUGGUCAGACACUACAAAUUGGACGUCCAAUCCUGUGUUUUGAGUCUUUUAAUUCUACAAGAGGAGUUAGCAUAAUGUCAGAACACCAACUUCAGCCAAAUUUGCUUCCUCCUUAACGUUAAAGAGAUUUGGAAAAGGACAGAUGAGGUAGUUGCUGACAAAUAUUUAAGAUCACAUGAAUUGUUGUUAGCUAGAAAAGAUAAAUGCUAAUGUUUCCUUUGCUUACGUUAUCUUUGCAUGGCCAAAUGCAGCCCUGAAGUAACUAAUGUAACUUUCUACAGUAAAGAGAGAAUAACGAUAGCUCAGCACCAUGGUCUGUAGUCAUUAGUCAGUAAAAAAAUAUGUAGAGUACUUUACUAAUCCCCAGGAGGGGAUCAUUGGGAUAUGUAUCUGGCAGCGCAGGAGCAAUAUUGACCGAUCGUCUUUUCAUCCUUAGUCUCUACUUCUCCCUUUUACGUUGAGACUGGAAGCCUCAAUUCGCAUUUUUAUUCCUAAAAUAAAGUUAACAUCGUGAAUACAUCCGUCCAUCACAUACUGUAAUCCUUGCUGUCGCCUCUUGAAGGUUUCUUUCCUGACGCUCAAAAACGAUCUAAUAAAUGCUAUUGCAUCCAGCCAAGUGGAACUGGUGUCGCCAUGUUUCAUUUUGUCAAGCUUGUCUGACCUAGCAACAGUAAGGAGGGGCUAAGGAAGGAUCAAUUUGCACGGUAAACAGCUUUAAAUCACAUAAUGUAAGCUGAUUAUUUUAGCUGACAAAACUGAUACCUCAUAAUCAAUAUAUUGCAGAGCAAUGUAAAUUUCGUCU